CACAGUUCACAUACGUUAUUAGUCUUUGUCUGAUUAAACAGAUCAGAAUCAUCCAACAUCUAUAUAUUGUUCCAUAUAUAGGUUCCCAUAUAUACUACUACAAAUCCCUUCAUUCUUCUCGUACUAAUUUGUUUGUUGAAGCUAGCUAGCAAUGGAGAACAUGUUAGGUCUGUUGAGGAUUCAUAUCCAAAGAGGAGUGAACCUUGCAGUCAGAGACAUGAGAAGCAGUGACCCUUAUCUUAUUGUCAAAAUGGGCAAGCAGAAGCUAAAGACUCGUGUGGUGAAGAAGAGCGUGAAUCCUGAGUGGAAUGAACAACUGACUCUCUCCAUUGCUGAUCCAAAUCUUCCAAUCCUGGUCUCUGUAUAUGACAAGGAUACGUUUAGUUUUGAUGACCCCAUGGGAGAUGCAGAGUUUGAGAUCAGUCCAUUUGUUAAAGCCUUGAAGGGGGGUGGUUUACACGGCCUCCAAGAUGGAGCCAUAAUUACUAAAGUGCAGGCAAACAAGCAAAACUGUCUUGCCGAAGAGAGCUCCAUUCUCUACUCCAAAGGCAAACUUGUGCAGAACAUGGUUCUUAGACUCAGAAAUGUCGAGUGUGGGGAAGUGGAACUUCAAUUGCAGUGGAUUGACCUACCUAGUUCCAAGCGUCUAUAAGCACUGAUCGAUCUCACUGUAAUUUUCUGGUUGUCCGAUCUAGAGGAGUCAUUGAUGUUAUCCCUCCAUGUAUUGUACGUUAUCAUUUUCCAUCAACAAAUAGGAU